GGAGAGAAACCAUUUGUAUGUAAGGAAUGUGGGAAAGCUUUUAGUCAGAGGCACAGUCUCACUAUUCAUCAGAGAGUUCAUACAGGAGAGAAACCCUUUGUAUGUAAUGAAUGCAGAAAAGCCUUCAGCCAGAGACAACACCUAAUUCGUCAUCAAAGAAUUCAUACUGGAGAGAAAGCAUUUGUAUGUAAGGAAUGUGGAAAAGCCUUCAGCCAUCGAGACUGCUUUACUAUACAUCAGAGGACUCACACUGGAGAGAAACCCUUUGUUUGUAAGGAAUGUGGAAAAGCUUUCAGUCAUCGAGACUGCUUUACUAUACAUCAGAGGACUCACACUGGAGAGAAACCAUUUAUAUGUAAAGAAUGUGGAAAAGCCUUCAGCCAGAGAAAACACCUCAUUUGUCAUCAAAGAAUUCACACUGGAGUGAAACCAUUUGUAUGUGAGGAAUGUGGAAAAGGGUUUAGUAAUAGGUCUAGCCUUAUUACUCAUCAGAAAAGUCAUACUGGAGAGAAACAGAAUUUGUCGAAAUAGAUUUCAGAGAGGAACUACCCUUCACUGUCACAAGAGAAUUCAUAUGAUUCUGGCAAC